AUGACCGAUCGCAACACCACCGUCAUUGAGGAGAUGGCAGAGUUGAAACGACAAGAGCGUAUUGAAGCUUACAAUUCCUUUGAGAAAGCCAAGCUGAGCACUGGCUUUCUCACCGGUCAGCUGCUCAAGGAGCUUCAAGAUAAGGUUUUAGGGAUUUCUCGAAGGAGCAUGGCCUUGUACUCGACGCAUGACGCUACCAUAACCUCGCUCUUGUACAACCUUGGAGUGUCAAAUCAUCUCUUACCUCCUUAUACAACUGCAGUUCUCUUCGAACUACACAAGAUCAAUGAGCAAUACUUCGUGAAGGUUCUCUUUCGAAAUUCAACGGAAGAAGCCCUUCCAUUACAACUUCCAUCCUGCACUACCCUAUGCCCAUGGAAAGACUUUGUACGCUUCGCGACUCCACGGUCAUUCCACACUAGAGAGGAAUUCGAGAACGCAUGUGAGAAUAGGCGCGACUCGCGGAAGACCUACUCGGAACGGAAAACACUAUCAGCGCAGUUUCUCACUCCAGAACUGAUUGCAGUAUCUGGAUAUUCUCUUCUGCUGCUUGUUGUUAUGUAUCUCUACAAAACAUCAACAAGCAAGAACUUUUCAGAAAACUAA